UGUGGGAAACGCCAACUUGUGGGAAACUCACAAGGCUUCCCCCAGCCAAGGGUGGGUAUAAAUAGAGGGGGAGCCAGGAGCAGGGCUUGAGCUCCCAUCCGGCGGAUCCAACCCAACGGCCUUUCAUCGGCUCGCUCUUCUCUUGCUGACCGACAAUAAUGGCCCCCGCUGCUGGUAGCCCCCGAUGCCUCUUGCGGGUGGAGGAGGAGAAAAUGCUGGCCAAGGAAAAAAACAAGCUGAGGAAACCAGCUGUGGAGAAAAUGCGCCGUGACCGAAUCAACCACAGCAUCGAACAGCUGAAAGUUCUGCUGGAGAGGGAAUUCCAGCGUCAUCAGCCCAACACCAAGCUGGAGAAAGCUGACAUUUUGGAAACGGCCGUCAGUUACCUGAAGAAACAGCGUCAGAUGCACGAAGCAGCCCCGGGUGCGAAACACCCCGAACUUGACUUCAACACGGGCUACCUGCGCUGUUUAAGGGAAGCCUUUUAUUUCCUCUCCUUCUGCCAGCCCAAGGGGGAGAGCCAAAGCCGGCUGAUCAAGCAUUUCUGCCAAAUGCACAACAUCCCCGACGACGCCACUUUCUCCCUCCUCUCGUCUCCGGCACCCAAGAGACCCUCUGCGGCGGAGAAGAGGCCUCCCCCACCGGCCUCGGCGUUCCUCUGGAGACCGUGGUAGAGCUGCCGCCCAUCCCAGCUGAAGACCAGCCAGGGGGGCUUUUCCAGAUUGGAAAGGGCCCUCUCGGUCCACUUAGGAAACAGUUGGUUUCCACCCAGGAGAAGAAUUUAAGUAGUGUGUGUGCAUAUGUGUGUGUGUGUGUGUGUGUGUUUUUCUCCGUUAUUGGAGAAGAGAGAGAGAGCGAGUCCUCUCCCCCCCCCAGUUUUUUUUUCCUUCAUAGUGAAGGGAUGAGUUCUGCAGGAACAGAGAGAUAAUUUUUUUUUAUCUAACUCUCUUUCUUUCUUUCUUUCUUUCUUUCUUUCUUUCUUUCUUUCUUUCUUUCUUUCUUUCUUUCUUUCCUUUCUUUCUUUCUUUCUUUCUUUCUUUCUUUCUUUCUUUCUUUCUUUCUUUCUUUCUUUCUCUUUCUUUUCUUUUCCUUUCAGGGCAAAGCUCCAGGCUAUAUCAAACCCAGUGGGUUUAGGGUCUGGGGGGGGGGCAUUGGGAGAGGGGCUUCUUCUCAUCCAGUUCUGGAAGCUUUGCUUUGCAAAAAGAGAGAGAGAGAGGAGUGGCUGAAAGACUGUGGGAAUCUCUGGGAAAUGGGAGGUCCUUCGGAAAAAAGGGUGCUUUGGGGUUUUCAAGGUGUGGUUUGAAUCAAAAAGUUUACUUCCUUUCUUCUCUUCCUUUUCUUUCCUCUCUCCCUCCCUUGCUUCUUUUGUUUUUUUAUGCCUUCUUUUUUCCUUUCUUCCUUUCCUUUCUUUCUGUCCUUCCCUUCUCCCAUCCCUUCUCCUUCCUUCCUUCCUCCCUCCCUUCCAUCUCCUCUUCCUUCCUUCCUUCCUUCCUUUCCUUCCUUCCUCCUUCCUUUCUUCCUCCCUCCCCUUCUCCUAACCCUUCCCUCUUCCCAUUUUUAAGGGACCGCUUUCCUGCAAAUCCUGUAAUUCCUCGGGAGAUGGGUCUUUUCAAUGUUUCUUUCAUUUUUGUCAGAAAUCCGGCUGCCUUUUGUGAAGGCUCUGCUAGCUUAUGUAUCUUUAAUAAGGAAAAAAAAAAAGGAACAUGGGUACGACAGUCUGCGCUGGCUGGAAGUGACCCAGCCAGAGGACUUUGUGUUUUGACGAUUUCAGAAUAUUGCUGUGAUUUAAAUUCCUCUGAUGCCAAUUAAAUAUAUGUAUAUAGAUAUAUAUAUAUAUACACACAUACACACGUGCGUGCGUGCGUCUACAUCUCUGCGGGCAAAUUCUUCCUUUCAGAUUCCGGAAUAGUUCAUGAAACAAAUGCAAAACACAAAUGGGGCUGUCUUUGGAAGGGAACCAUAAGAGGGACUGUGAUUUAGGGGGUAGACUGCGCCUGUACAUGGCAGUUCCAUUGCCGGAGCAAAAGCCAUUACUUUUCCAUUCAGUUUGGGAAGACUGGGUUUAUUUUAAAGUAUUGAAAUUAUUUCGGAUCCGUUCUUGGGGGGGUGCCAAAAACAUCCCGUUCAAUUGCCCCCCCCCAAAUUGGUGAUAUGGAGCAACUAAAAACAGGAACGCAGCUAAAUGAAGGAAUGAAGAAUCCUUGAUUCAAAUCAACUGCCAUGAAUCAAUUUGGCCAAUCAGAUCUUGGGAUAAUAGGCUCCUGAAUUAAAUCGGAGAAUUCACCGACCCAUAAAAUAAGGGGUCCUUAGAGAUCAUCUAUUCUAGCCUAACUCGCUGGGAAUUCCUCCAGCUGCCAUAAUAGCUGACUUUCCUGGUUGAGGUGACAUGAUUAGGAUAUAUUUGCAAGCCAGGAUCUUCAGUAACCUGGUUACUGAAUUAACCCAGUUCUUCCUGAAUUGACCAGUAUGGAUAUUUUAUUAAGUUAUCAAAUAGCAGCACGUCAGGCUAAAAUACACACCCAAAUUAAUCCGUGCCAAAUUUAAUGUAUGGUUAGGCAGAGUUUCUCGACUUUAACCGUUUUAAGAUGUGUGGACUUCCAACUCCCAGAAUUCCCCAGCCAACACAGAGGAGAGGAGAAGAGAGGAAAGGAAAGGAAAAAGGAAGAGAAAGAGAAGGGGAGGAAAGAGAAAGGAGGGAAAAGGAGAAGAGAAAGGAAAAUAAAGGAAGAAGUGAGAAAAGGGGAAAGGAAAGGGAGAAAAGAGGAAAAAAAGGAAAAUUAAAUAAUAAAAUAAUAAGAUGGAUGUGAUGACAAGAUAGAAAUUCUUUUUAAAAAAAUAGCUGCAGCCUGGGAGGGGGGGAGGUUGUUUGAUUAUUUUUUUGCCACGCAAAUCCCAUCAUCCUUGUCCCUUGCCCCCUCAGACUGAUGGGAAUGGUAGUCCAAAUCCCCCGCCAAGUAGAUGGGCUUUACGCCUUUUGAAAGGCCUGCAACCUCCGCCCGAUUCCCAUCCAGCCACCUUUUCCUGGGGGCUCCGGAGGGGGGGGGAAGCAAUCUUUAUGAUGUUGACUCUCCCCCCUCGGAGGCCUCUCUGGAUAAUAGCCCCCUAUUAACCCCCACCCCAUCCCACCCCCAUUGUUUUCUGGGCAUUUCCCACACUUUGGCAUCCCUUGAAACAGUUCGCCAAUGGAAACACCCAAAAGAAAAGGUGCGGCGGUUUCUAUCCACCCCAGUGGAAAAACGGGCCUAUGAAGAUCAAAUUGUUUUCUCUGAAGACCCUUUCCAAAAAUCUGGGAACAGCCAGAACAGCUCCCCCCCCCAUCUCUCUCUCUCUCUCUCUUUUUUUUUUUUUUCUUGGAAAUCCAGCAAGCUGUCCCGGUCAGUUUCAGCCUUCUCAGUCUGAAAUGACUUCUGUUUUUCUACUUUGUGGUGAUCAAGUGGCUUGAGGAAACCCCCCCCCCCAAAUUUCUCAGGGAAGGGACCUUGGAGGUCUUGUAG